AUGAAGGCCAAGGAGGAGGAAUUAAGAAAGGAGGUGGAAGCAACAAACUGCUUCAAGACAGAGCUGGAGACCUGGGAAGUAGAACUGAAGACGGAGCGGGAGGCAAAGGAUGGGUUCAAGAAAGAGCUGGAGGCCCAGGAAGUAGAACUGAAGAUGGAGCGGGAAGCAAAGGAUGGGUUCAAGAAAGAGCUGGAGGCCCGAGAAGUAGAAUUGAAGAAGGAGCGGGAAGCAAAGGAUGGGUUCAAGAAAGAGCUGGAGGCCCAAGAAGUGGAAUUGAAGAAGGAGCGGGAAGCAAAAGAUGGGUUCAAGAAAGAGCUGGAGGCCCGAGAAGUGGAAUUGAAGAAGGAGCGGGAAGCAAAGGAUGGGUUCAAGAAAGAGCUGGAGGCCUGGAAAGAAAACUUCCACAAACUUGAAGCCAAAAAGAACUGCUUCAUGAGAGAGCUGGAGGCUCAGAACAAGAAAUUAUGCAAAGAGUUUGAAGCCAAAGACAGCUGGCUGAAGAAAGAGCUGCAGGAACAGGAGAAAAAAUUCAGGAAGGAGCUGGAAGAGAAGAACAGCUGGUUCCAGAAAGAGCUGGAGGCCCGGGAAGUAGAACUGAAGACGGAGCGGGAGGCAAAGGAUGGGUUCAAGAAAGAGCUGGAGGCCCAGGAAGAAAACUUCCACAAACAACUUGAAGCCAAAAAGAACUGCUUCAUGAGAGAGCUGGAGGCCCAGAACAAGAAAUUUUGCAAAGAGCUUGAAGCCAAAGACAACUGGCUGAAGAAAGAGCUGCAGGAACAGGAGGAAAAAUUCAGGAAGGAGCUGGAAGAGAAGAACAGCUGGUUCCAGAAAGAGCUGGAGGCCCGGGAAGCAAGUUCUCAUCCAAAAUCAGAAGCCAAGGACAACGAGCGACAAGAGUCAUCUGGUCAGAAAGACAGUCGGCGCUGUUUAGUAGUUGGUGGCAUUUUGUUUGUUACAGGUUUCUUGACAGCAAGAUUCCUCAUCAAGUAG